ACUAUGCUCCAAGUUCACAUUCUGAAUGUGGAGUUAGGUCUAAAUAACUAUGAUAAAAGUAGACUCAUACUUUGAUAAACUUCCUGCCUGCAUCAGACAACCAGGUGAAGAGGAAACAUAAAUAUCAGCCACACCUUUUACCUAACCUGCCUGUCUCCGAGAGUAGCUCGGCACAAGGCGUUUUGCUGCGUCACUCAGUCACUCACUGAUCUCUACACCUGGAUGUAUACGUAGACAGUGUGAUACAAUACUUCAUCUUCUCCUGGCAUUGUGGAUACCAAGGGUCAAGGUAUGUCCACUCCGGCUUCCAAGGGGGUUCUACGGCCUGUUCUGAUUGGCUGUUUUUUUAUGGUGGGCUUCGUGGGAAUAUUCUUAAUUUACUACAAACCCCCGAUCAAGUUCCUUUCAUGCCCUACUGACCAGGCAUCCCACGAGGGGAAGGCUGGUUGUUCUCCUUGCCCUCAAGUAAGUAUGGCAGGGAACCACACAGGGCAAAAAACACACCAUGCACAGACAGCCAUUCAGGCCGAUGAUGACGGAGACACAGACACUAUCAUUUUGAUCUGGAUGUGGCCAUUUGGUCAGGCCUUUGACAUAGACUCUUGUGUCUACUUUAACAUCAAAGGCUGUCACCUAACAGUGGAUAAAAACCUUUACAGCAAGGCGCACGGUGUCAUAUUCCACCAUAGAGACAUCCAUGGAGACCUGAAGAACAUGCCCCAAGAGCAACGUCCAUGGUUCCAGAAAUGGGUUUGGUGGAAUGCAGAAUCACCGGCUAACACAAACAGGAUCCCUGGUGUUGACCACUUGUUCAAUUUGACUGCGAGUUAUCGACUGGAUUCUGAUAUCAAGGUUCCAUAUGGGUCGCUUGUUGAGGUAACCAGUGAGGAUAAAAUCUUUGAGCUGCCCAAGAAGGACAAAUUAGUCUGCUGGGUAGUGAGCAACUGGAACCCAAACUACAAGAGGGUACAGGUGUUCAACGAGCUCAGUAGGCAUGUCAAAAUAGAGGCCUAUGGGAGACAUUUUAGUAGAUACCUUGAAAACGAAGACUACUCAAAGACGCUGUCCAGCUGUAAAUUCUACCUGGCAUUUGAAAACUCCAUCUACAAAGACUAUGCUACAGAGAAGCUGUUCAAUGCUAUGAAGUUGGGAGCAGUGCCCGUUGUUCUAGGUCCAUCCAGGGAUAACUACGAGCAAUUUAUCCCAAGGGACUCUUUCAUCCAUGUGGAUGACUUCUCCUCUGUAGAGGAGCUGGCAAAGUAUCUUCUCUUUCUCGACCAGAAAAAAGAAGAAUACAUGAGGUACUUCACCUGGCGAAAUAACUUUAAAGUUCAACAAUGGUGGUUUGGACUUGAGCACGCCUGUCGCUCAUGUGAUUACAUUCAAAGAAAUAAAGGAUACAAAACUUUUCAUAAUCUAAAUACAUGGUUUUGGGGCUAAGUGACCCAUUUGUAGUGGUCAACAAUGUGGCUGUGUGAAGAGUAUUGUAUGCUGGACAACCAGGUGUGGAAUAGUUUAGGGUCGUUCCACCAAUUUGGUACCCUUUUGAGAAGUGUAACGGUAAAAAACUGAGCAGGUUUUUUUUCUUCACCACAAAACACUAGAACAUUUCCAAGAAGAGUAGAACCAGUUCACAUGCUUUUACACUAUGAUUUGACUAUUAAAUGUUCAAAGCUUCUUUUAAGAAAAAUAUUUAAAUCAGGAAUAGUUUUUCCCCAUAUUAAAACCGAAGUUCAGUUCACGUAACAAGGUAGAGCUUAAAAUUAGGGAUAAAUUAAAUCACUAAUCACAAAUGUAACUCUUCAUAUUCAAUGCAACAAAAUAACUAAGGCUUUAAAAUGAUGGGGAAAACUUGGAGAAAUGUUGGGGUUAAGCGGGUUCAAAUCUUCCUAGAAAUCAGAGUGCAUGGAGGGACAUGUCAAAACGCUACAUUUUCGCACUUUAAGUCUUUAUUCAUAUAAAAAAAACUGUUAUUGAAUUCUCCAUGUGGUCUAUAUUAAAGGGCACCUCAUUUAAUAUAACAGGGUUUUAAAAUCCAAUACUGGUGCACAAUUUCUACUUAAAAUAUUGAAGGGAUGGACAAGACACUCUUUCUUGAAACAAAACAACCCUUUAGAAUAUUAGGAGCUCUAGUAGCUGUUGCACAUGCAACAGCCACUCUUUCUGGGUGCACACAAACCAUACAAUACACAGAGAAAAGAGGGGGGGGGGAAAACGGGUAAAAUGACUUGUUACCUAAUAAUGUAAAACAUUGCCCACAUUAACAUCAUGUAAUGUAAAAUGUUACCCACAUUAUCAUGUAAUGUAAAAUAUUACCCAUAUUAACAUCAUGUAAUGUACAAAUGGUGUGCAUGAAUCACUGUUUUUCUUUCUUUUAGAGAUUUGAAAUUGAUGUGAGAACCCAAUGAAUUUUAAAUAUUGUUAAAGAUGUGGAUAUUUGUAUUAUUUAUGUUGACCACCUCACAGCAGCCACACCAUUUCCACCUGCUUGAUCAGUUCAGAAUAUGCACUCAUUUACUCCACUGCCCAAAUCAGAGAUUUGACCCACAGAAAAACUACAAUGGCCCAAACAGAGCAAACCCUUUGCAUAUAUUUGUUUUUGCAUUGUUUACCUACCUGCACAAAACAAAAGGAAACCAUACAACCUUACUGCACAGACAGAAAGAUAAAUUGGUUGUGUCCUUAUUGAGCCUUUGAGUAUGCUUUGAAAGGGGGAGGGGGAAAGUACAGUUGUGAGGAAUUAUCCACACGGACUCCCUCGACACAAUGAAAAGAGUUGUAAGACCUUCAAGUUAUGUCAUUUUCUGAAUACUGUCUGAUUAUUAAAAACCAAGGUCUGGAAUGAAUGUG